AUAACAAGAACGAUUACAUUUAGAACUUGUAGUUGUGUGAAUCGGUUUAAUCUACUAUUUCAUAAAAUAAAUUCUUUAAAAAAGUGUCAAAUUAUCUUUUUAGUUAAUUUAAAAUGUUAAAAAUGAAGUAUUUAAUCUUGUUUUUAUCGUGUAUAGCCGUAUGUUUAGGUGCUGAUACUUCGACGACACCAAGCUCAGUAACUAGUUCAACUACAAAUGCGCCACCAUCAACCUCCACUGCGGCACCAAACACAACAACCGCAGCACCAACAACAACUUCAACCGUUGCACCUGCACCAAACACAACCACCGUAGCACCAACAACAUCAACUACUGCACCGAACGUUACAACUGUGGCACCAACAACCUCCACAGUAGCUCCAACACCAAAACCAGUUGAACCGACAAUGGGAACAUGGGUUUUAAAUAAAACUGGACAAGUGUGUAUUGUAGCACAAAUGGCGUUGCAAGUAAAAAUUACAUAUAAAACAAAUUCAAAUGUAUCAAUGGAUGAUUUCGUUAAUUUACCAUCUGCAAAUGAAACCACUUUUGAUGGUGUGUGUGGUAAUGACACACAAAAUUUAAUCAUCAAAUGGAACAAUAAUAGUUUGGAGCUUUCCUUUGCAAAGAACGUAACUGAAAAAGAAUUUAUGUUGAAUAAAUUGAAUUUAACUGUGCAAGUACAAGAUAAACUCAUGGAAGCUACUUUAGACAAACCAUCAUUCAUUACACCAUUAAGUAUGUCAUAUAAAUGCGAUCGUGAAGAAACAUUAAAAUUAGUUACUCCAAAUGGAAAUGAUACAAUUUUAGUUAAUGUACAACAUUUGCAAUUAGAAGCCUUCCGAACAGAUAAUACCACUGUUAAAUUUAGUACAGCUCAAGAAUGUCGAGUACCAACACAAGAUAUUGUACCAAUCGCAGUCGGUUGUGCUCUUGCAGCAUUAGUCCUAAUUGUUUUAGUCGCAUAUUUAGUAGGAAGACGUCGCGUAACAGCACGUGGAUAUCUCAGCAUUUGAAAUACGAAAGAUGCUGCAGAAAAAACAUCCUGGGGGUAUACAAUAAUUAAAUAAUAUUCCAGCAUUUAAAUAAUUACCUUAUUUGAAGUAUUUGUUAUAAAAUAAAAAUAAACGAGAGUUCUGGUGCUAGUUAAAAAUUAAAAUAUUAUGGAAUGAGCUGAUAAAUUUUAUCUUUUAAUUAAGGCAUCGGCAUACAGGCUGUGAUUUCAAUUAAAAAGUGUGUAUUGUUUAUUAAAAAAAAAUUAAUUUGG